CAUGUCUGUUCUCUUACGAGAUUUAUCCCGGGUCAGUCGGCAUGUAAUUCCAACCUGUAAGGCAACCGGGAGGUCACAUUAUCAACUGUCUUUACGGCUAGAAACUAGAAACUGCUCAACCAACAACCAACAACUAACAGCAGCCAUUGGCUAUUCUUUACGAGUUUUGUCUCGGAUCUAUCGGCUGUAAGACAAUCGUAGACCACAUCCUCGUCGUUCUGUAUGGCCGGUGGAUGAGACCAGUUCUUGGUCUCCCAGCAGAGAGCCGAUUCAGGACAUGUUUAUAAAAGAGGCAGCACCCAUCAUGUCAAAGCACAAGCUUCUUACACAAGCUCAUUUAUAUCAAACAACCCUUGAAACACUUUCUUCAACAUGUUCGGCAAUCGCGGUCCUCAGAAUGUAAUCCUCAUACUCGCUAUUCUAGGGAGUAUGCCCGGUAGCAUGGUCGUCAGUUUGCCUGUUACUCCGGCUAAAGAUAGCAAAGGCAAUGUCGACUCAGCAGAUCAAAUCGUCUACGCUGUUCGAUGCCAUGCCGAUAUCUACGUUAUAGCCCACCAUUGUCAGGCUCACUGCAACGGAAGGGGUCACGUACUCUUCAAUGAGACCAGAUGCCCUGUCGGAUCAGACAAUGCUGACGAUAUCUUUUCGGAUUGUUACUGCACUCCACAAUGUGUGCCUUGUAAGGAGGAGGGCGAAGAACAGGCUCAAGAGGACGUGUCCGUUCCUGAGUGAGUUGGAUCUAACAUAUAUCAUCUCACAGGAUCUGGGCCAUCAAUAGGACAUAUCUAGAUGCUGAAAAAUAUCAAGUUCAGAGGUGUGUCGUUCAAGACCCUGCUGUACACUAUAUAGAGCCGUUGUUUCAGGCGUGACUCAAUCCAUGACCCUGCCCAGAAGGAAAACGGCGUGCUUGGUGCUGAAGUUGGACACGUUAAUAAGAGACUAGUCUUGUUAGUGCGGGAGCCGCCAUCUUAAAGAUCUAGGGCAUUUGUAGUAUUAAGCUAACCUUUUUUAACUAAAAGAUUAGAGCUUUUAUAUACUUUUAAGGCUAAUUAAGGA